AUGUUCAAGAGGAGGCUCAUUGCUGACUACGUCCCGCCCGCAUCCGGCCUCGGAACGCGUUUACCUAUUCCCGACCGUGUCAGCAUGACCUCAUUAUCACCGCUUAUCCCGACAGCGCCGCCUGAGGCACAAAACGAACUAAACAAUCAUUCGAUUGAAUUGGGACAACUCAAAGCGUGA